CAAAACAUAAAGCAGCAGCAAGAUGGCGAAGUUGAAAGAACUUUCGUUCCUCUUUUUAUGUUUCUUGUGCAUAAGCAUUUCAUCAUGUGGCAUGAUUGACGGAGUUUUAGACGACAUCACUUCUUGCGUGGACGUUUGUUCGAAUACGUAUUCCCCUCAUACAUAUGAAAAGAGUUACCUUGUGGAAAGCUGCAGAAGAGGAUGUAGAUUUUUCUCCAUAAUGGAACUUAUAUAUGACCAUGAAUGUAGCUUUAAUCUUACUCAGAAAGGCUGUAUAUCAACAUGUGAAGAAGCCUACAACAAAACAGAGGAAUGUGAUGCUUGCUCACUGGGCUGCAAGAGCCAGAUACCACAGGCCAGAAAACAGCAGGAAAUGACCCAGACAGAUGACAUCCAUGUGUUGUACCCACUGAUGUAUGUCCACAGUCUCUAUAGUAACAUGAUAGACAAGGUUUACAAUGGUAUGUCUAUCAGCUGGUCAUUCUACAUGCAGUCGGACAAUGGCAAGGUGAUAGUGGUGCGCUCUGAACCCCAGCUUUAUGCUGACCUGGAGGGCGAUGAACUGGACGAUGAGUACAACACGGCCAACUACCUAGAGACCAACAUGCAGCCCCUAGAUAGAUCAGCCACUCCAAUGUUGAGGAGCUCUCAGAUGCAUCCUCUGCGUAGUGAGCCUGAGCUGGACCUGCGCGAUCCUGAAGCCCAACGGUCAGGUGACUGGUUGACCUGUGUGUCACGUAAAACCGGCCUUCCUCGCCUCUUCCUCAGUCUGCUGCUUCUGUCCUGUGCAGUGAUGAUGAUCUGGCUGUGUUUAGCGGCAACAGUCACUGCACCUGAUCACAAGGUCAAGGCGGAAAAUCAAAAAUUGAGUAUCAACGGUGAUCUGGAGUACUUGAAAGAGCUGGAGGCUAUGGGCAUCAAGCUGAGUUUUCCACAGGACCAGGAGGCAGGGCCUCUCCCCAUUAAACUACAGGUCGAUCGUGUCUAGUAAACCGUCAGAGAUAUCCGCUUCAUAUUGUCUUUCAAAAGACUAACAAGCACUGCUAGCAUCAGUGUCUGUAAAUAUAUAGGAUGUUUAGAACAUUCGGUCAUUGACUAAAUUGUCUUUCAUAUUUGUAGGAUCAUAAUUCUUGUCAGGUGGAUGGUGGAUAUGGCACUUUAUUUUUUAUUUUGUCAAUAUUCCGUGGGAAAAACUUUGCUUAAUAUUUUAUUAGAAACAUUUUCAAGAUGCUUUCCAAGAGAUUAUACUGCUCAAUUAUUUAAGGUACAGCAACUAUUUGAUAAGUAUGAAGAAAAACAAAGUCAUUGUCAUGGAUCUUAUUUUGUUCGUAACUGACAUGACAACUGACAUAAAGCCUAAAAGGGCCAUAAUUUUUGUCUUAAUGAAUUACCUGAAUUUCAUUUAGUCAUAGAGAUCAAAGAGAAAUAAUAAUUCUAAAAUAUUUAAAGAUUGUAGAUAUCUUUUUUAACAACUUAUUAUGUCUGGUGAUGAUAUAUUUGAUUGGCAGUGUACUAUGGCGAAGGGCUAGCAAGUUUUGAUAGAUAUUUCUCUAGUGACUUUGAAUUUGGUAAAGGUAAUUUAUUUCAUCAAAGUCAAAGCAAAACAUCUCGAGAAGGCAAUAAUUUGGAAAAACUGAAAUUUCCUUGCCCCAGGUUCACCAAUAUCGCUUAAUUUCAGGAAAUUCCACAUUAAGUAAAAAAUUUCCAUAAGAAAGCAUUACAGAAUUUAAGGAAAUUUUCUUGAUCAAGAGUUUCUACUUAAAUCCAAAAAUAAUGCUUUCAUAUGGGAAAAAAUUAAGUUAAGGAAUCUCCCAAGAUUCAAAAAAGUUGAUGAAAUAAUUUCAUCAAUUAAGGUACUAUUUUUUUUAUGAAACUAAAUUGAAAUAAAUUAUAUGUAGUCCUUAUGUACCUCAGGCUCGGGUAUAUAUAUUGCAUCACCAUUAGUUUACCAAGCUUCAGUGAGGUGAAAAUUCCUGAAAAAUGUCUUAUAAGGCAUGUGUAGAAAAUUAUUCCAUACAUUAUCUAUUUAUCAGGUACAUAUUCAUUUGAUAGAUAUAUAUGUCACUUGUAAUACAGAGGCUGAAUCUGUAAAUUUUUUUUUUUUUCAAUCUCAGAAAAUUAUAUAUCUUCGUGUAUAUUUGUAUUGAAUGUAUCAUUGUAGAAGUGUAUUAUUUACUGUAUUUAAAGUUGUUGAUUGUUUGAACCGAGUGUUGAUGAAAGAAUAAGUGUGUAUUGUAAAUACAUUUCAUAUCCAGGUGAUAUAAAUGAAAUUUUCAUUUUCACAAAAAUGUGGAAUAUUUAAUAUGUUCAAUGUAGACUGAAGGACGUUUUCAUGUAUAUUUUGUUGCUUUUGUCCCUUAUGUCCAGCCUAUUUUUAUGUGAAACCGCAAUUCAAUGAAGACACUUUACAUACCAGUUAUAUAAUGGUGGUCUAUAUUGUGUCAUAAUUUAUAAUUAUAAAUAAAUAAAUUGUGUGGGUUAAAAAAAAACUAUAAAAUAUUAUACACCAGGUACUAAUUAAAUAUAUCACAAGUUUUAGUAGAGAUCCAACAGAAAGAUAAGUUUGAAUUCUCAUUUGCUAAAUUGUGCCUUUCACUUCCCUACCAAAUGAUGUGGCAAGUUAGACAGAAGGGCUUUUAAUCUCUAAAAGUUUGAUGUGUAGUAGGGCUUGCCUCUAUAAAUGCUGCACUCACAAAUAGGAGGAGCUGUCAUUCAGCUCAAUGAAAUAUCUUUUCCUGUGUGAGGUAUGUCUGUACAGGUGAAAUAUCUUUACCUGUGUGUGGUAUGUCCAUAAAGUGGUACUAUUUGAAGGCAUGACAUUGGGAUUGGGACCGCAUACCGUUAUUUUCAUGAGCAUUAUUUGAGCAAGUUUUAGCAGUAAGCUGACAGAGUAAACUCCAGAAUGCAUGGGUAGUAAACAUUUUACGUGUAACACAGAGUAAACUCCAGAAUACCUGGGUAGUAAACAUUUUACGUGUGACACUACAGACUUUACAAUGAUUGAGUGAUUGGUACUCAUAGCGCUGUUGACAAUCCUCAUGAUACAAAUAAUCAAGAUUUUACAAACUAGAAGUACUACAAGAUUGUAGCUUCCUAUAUUAACGUUAUUCACUUUCAAAAUUUUGCCUGGCAAUUUGAUUUCAACAACAGACCACAAAUGAUUCCCAGGCUUCUAUCUUUGCUUGCAAGUUGUUUUUAUUUGUGUCUGAGGGGUCUUGAUGCUGAAGACAAAUCUGGUUUAAUCAAUGAAGAGCAUGUGGGCUAUUAUUUUUCCUCUUACUUUUUUGAGGGCACAUGUUGCUGUGGCUUUUUGUUUUAUCCUGCUUCAGGUCUUCACAAUAUUUCCCUAAGGUUUUGAAAUCACCAAAAUCAUACUGUUACUCAUAGUCUGUCAUCAUUGUUAUGACAUAAGGCCACCAGGGUCCUGUACUGACAAAUGAGCAAGUCACAAUAUUGGUUGAUUUUAAGCUUCACUAAUACAACAGAAUGUAUUUGGGAAACGUAGACCAGCUUCUGCAGUAAAGUGGAUGUGUAUAUUUCUCCAGCAUGGUCAAAAUCCAUAGUGCGUCACGCUGUAUGCAUAUCUAGCCAGCAUACAUCAUAUGAUUUCAGUGUCAUUUUGUUAUGCCUGUAUAGUUAUAUAUAUCAGCGUGAUUGCACCUCAUCUUAUGUCUGUAUAUAUGUACAUCUAGCCAGCAUGAGUACACCCGAUCAUUUGUUGCGCCCGUAUGUGUUAACAUACAAUGCACUAUUUUGUGUUUUGGGAGAAAACACUCACAAGUUCAACCAUGUGUGGUAAAAAACGGGAUAAAUUAAUUGUGUUAUAUAUGUGUAGAUGGUCAGGUGUUAUAUACAAAUGUACAAAACUUUUUUUUUUUUUUGCUUUCGGCUGGAUAUUUGUGCAUUUUGUGGCUUUGGAAGUUGUAAGUAUUCUUGUACAUUUGUGGGGGUAGUUUGUGAAUCACACAUUUAAUAAUGAGACAGGUGGAACUGUUUAGGAUUGUUAUACAUGUACCGCUACACAUCAGCACCAGAUGUAUGCAGACUGUAAUCUCUCCAGCCUGGGCAAUAUCUUACCCUGGACAUUGACUAUUGUAUCACAUCAAGUCAACAUUGGCUGUUAUUGAUUUUACCCUGGACGUUGCCCGUUUUAUCACAUCAAGCCAAUAUUUGCUGUUAUUGGUGCAAUAUCAACAUUGUAUUAAUAAGAGAACCAAUAGGGUAACAUUUUCAGCCCCUAUAGGCUGUCGAGCUAUCGAUGUACCACAUACUGACAAAUUGAAACAAAGGGAAGCAACUCUGAUAGAUCAGAAUGCCAGGGUAAGAGAAAAACAAUGCAUUCACAGCCUUGUGGUGGAGACAACAGAAUCUCAACACUUGAUGUAAGAUUCUUAAGCUUCUAAACACCUGGCAAGCCUCAAGCUGGUGUUUGUCAACUUAAUAAUCUUCCUUUUUGAGUUGAGAUCCCAAAGGGAUGAAUAAUUUAAUAUUGGUCCACAUUCAGGACACAACUGAAUGUGCAUUUGAACCUCCUGUGAACAUAAAAUUCUGAAUGUACGCAAUUUUUCCAUGCAACAUAACAUUGAUUUCACAAAAUUGUUUUUGUUGAUCAGAUCUAACAUCUAUGCUAAAUUUCGAUAUUUGUUUGCUCAUAAAUCCUGGUGUCAAAUCAAAGAGGUUUUGUCAUCAUGAAGUGCUUAUUGAAUAACACCCAAUAUCUUACUGUAAAGUGAUCAGUUUUACCAUUUGUUUGGACUUUCAUGAUGCUCUAUUGCAUUUGAAGUUGUGUUUCAAAGGUAUGAAGCAGUGAUUAUGAUCAUACAUAUCCUGUACCUUUAGCAUUACUUACCGAAGCACUAUUUAACUAUUGUCUCAAUAGAAAUCCUAAUACAUAUAUAAUGAAGUGAUAAAUGUAUUGAAGAGAAAUCCUUCAAUGUCAUCUACAAAGCACUACUGCCUAUUCUAUUUCAGUGUCUCCUGGAUUUUUUUGCAGUUAUCAAUGAAUAUUCACUAUGUAUGCCUGUCGGGGAAAACCUAAUCAAAUUCCUUUCAAAAAUUCUCCCUUAAACAGUAGUAGUUAAUCUACUUAUUUGAUGUUGACAACUAUUUUCCAAGUUUGGUGUUGUGGUUAAGAUGUAGUGAAAUGUUUUCAAAUCCCAUUGAAAUAAGAGUGUUCUUAAAUUUCGCUCAGUUGACUUUGAGUCUGGCAAAACAGUGAAAGGAAACCCAGUGAAUAUUCCUCAAGUAAAAUUCUGUUGAAAGGUCCAGUAUGCAGGGAUAAGUUUACGUUGGUCACACAUCAUUUAACAGCUGCAAUUACCAUGUACUAGUGCUCGUCUCUAUGCUGUUAUAUAUACUGUCGUAAAUAUUGUUUUUAUGGGAGAUGUGUACUUACAGUGUAUUUCAAUACAAAGUACAGAUCGUAUCACAAACAUCACAAUCUUUUAGUAGCAAAUUGGUAUAAUUCUGCAUUUAUUGAAAAUUUAAAUAUUUAAAAGAAGAAGCCAGAGUCACAGAAACUACAUGUCAUGAACCUUUUUUAAACUAAAUGCAGGGCCUAUGCUGCUGUAGAGGAACAUUCCUAAGGAGGGUUUGGCAUCCAUAAAUAUAGUCCUACAGGGUUAGUAUAACUAGAGUUCUGGUAACCAGAUUUAUCAUAUGUUUUGGUAUAUCUUUUUGGUGUAUAUUGCCUUUUCAAUAAAAUCAUUAAUGGAUUAUAACUAUUUGAAUAAAGAGGGUUAAUAAUAUA